GACACUCAUUCUGUAUUUAAAGAAACCAAUACUUCCUUGAACAAAAUAACAUAAAACCACUUUCACCCCAAGUGCUGUCUUCACAAUGGUACUGAUAAUAGCUCAAGUUAAAACAACUCAAAGCAGUUCAUAAAAAAAAAGGAUUGAAUAUUGUAAACCUAAAAUAUCAGACAAUGUUGCUAUGUGACAGCAGUAACGUUUCAACUGUGGGAACUGCUGUUGUUGUUGGUUACACUGUUUCAAAUUACGUGCUGACGGUUAUUGGAUUUUUUGCCAAUUUAAUGGUGAUUAUUGUGUUUAUCAACUGCAAGAUUCACCGUAGAUCAUUCACGUAUCUCCUGGUACUUCAACAAUCCUUUCUCGACAUGAUAGCAUGUUGCCUGUACCUAUAUUUUUACAAUAUCCCUGCCUCUAAUGGAAAUGUUGCCAUCUACUGCAAAUUUGCAACACUUUUCUUCUUCUUUUUAUCUGCCUCAACGCUAAACCUAGCCUUUAUUUCUGUUGAGAGGUACAUCGCAGUGGUGCACCCGUUGAAGUACUGGAUAAGAGGUAACCAGAUGCGAAGCAAUUUACCACAAUUAUGUAUUCCACUCAUAGCUGCAUUUCUAGUAACAUUUCAGUAUGUGUUCAUACUUGAAGAAGAUCCUGCAGUUCCUGGAACAUGUACCUUUUGUUACAAAAACGAAGGCUUCCGGAUACUGUCGGGUACAAUUCUAUUGCUGGCAAAUGCGAUAGUUCCAAUUUGCACAAUGAUAUUCUCCUACUAUCACGUAUAUAUCACACUCAAAAAACAAACUAAAUUUCGAACAGAAUCAACAAUUCAACCACAAAUAAAUAUUGAGCCUAGCACUUCAUGUAAUGUAGCCGAUAUUGAAAUAAACAUUUCACCAUCGCAAACCAAUGACAAAGACAAGGCACAUGAUGCUCAACAAAAUUUCAUCAUUACUAUGUCCAUUAACACACUGGUCUAUACCAUCUGUAUUACUCCCCUGAUUGUGUUGUAUGUUGUUUACACGAUAUGUGAAUGUUUUGAUAUUCAUAAUCAUAUUUCACGUGAUAUUGCUGUAUUUAUUGUCGUUUCGAACAUGGCAGCUAACCCGUUUGUUUACGCCUACAAACUCAAAUACUUUAAAGAAGGAUUCUCUAAGACUUUCUGUCGUCAAUGACUCUAUUUCUAUCAGUACCAUCAUGGAAUGAGGCCCAAAUCCACCCAACAGUUUGCAGGUUUUCCACAUGUUUUAGGCUUCUACUUGUGCGCCAAAUAAAAAACAAUUUAUGAAACUAUAAAUUUCAGCCUAGCAUUGGUUACGAUUUUACUUGGUGAAAAUGCAUCGGGAAACCAAGUGUGGCAUUGGUUACGAUUUUACAAGUGAAAAUGCAUCAGGAAACCCUAAAAUUAGCUAAGGUUUGAGUAAUAAAUGGGGAAGGGGUAUAGGGAAAGGAAGUGGAAGGGGUGGAAUGGGAGGGGAAGAAGGGAAGGAGAGCGGAAAUGGGAGUGGUGAAGUGUGGGGUGGGGCUGAGGGCCGAAUUUGAAGUUGGAGCUCGAUUUAAGUGAGGGGCACUAGCUCGCAAAAUAAGUUGAUCUAAUAUCUUUUUAUUUUUCACUCUGUAGGAUGAUAAAUACACUAAGUUUUAACAUGGAGGAAAUAAAUAGAAGUUAAUUUAUUUCCUCAUGGUUCUUAUUAUAAGAGGAUGUUUCUUGCAACAGAGGAUAAGUUUUAAGCACUAUAUGAUUAUGUAAAUGCUAAAACCAAUUGCCUCCACUGUUUUGUCAUCCAUCAGUUUCUGAGACUUCAAGGAAAAUUACCACAAUUUAGAAAACUCACAUAUUUACACUCCCUGCCUUCAUUUCUGUGACAUCAUAUUUAUAAUUAUCUGUAAUAAUACUUGGAUUGUAUGGUUUCUACCAAUAAGGUUGUCUUAAUAUUAAUGACACCACAAAAAAAAAAUAAAAAAAUAAAGGCUAAAAUUAAGAAUAAGAUGAUGUAGAAAUUAAAGAAAAAUAUUUAAAAAUUAAAGAUGUAAAUAAGUAUUCAAAAAUUAAAGGUGGAGUUAAGUAUUCAAAAAUUAAAGGAAAUAUUCAGAAUUAAAGUUGUACAGUACUUGUAUUCAGAAUCUGAAAAUAUAGCUAAGUAUUCCAAAAUUAGAGAUGUAGCUAGGUAUUCAGAAACUGAAGUUGUAGACAAGUAAUCAGAAAUUAAAGAAAAUAUUCAGAAAUUAAAUUUGUAGCUAUUAUUCAGAAACUAAAUGUAGCUACCGUAUUCCAAUAUUACAAAUGUAGCUAAGUAUUCCAAAAAUUACAGAUGUAGCUAACUAUUCCAAAAUUACAGAUGUAGCUAAGUAUUCCAAAAUUACAGAGGUAGCUACAGUAAGUAUUCAGAAAUUAAAGAUGUAGUUAAGUAUUCCAAAAUCUUAACCCGACGCUUUUAACAGUAAUAUGCAAAGAAUUGCAAAAAUUAUUACCAGUAAUAAUAUUAGAAAUGUUAAUUAGGAUGGUGAUGAUGAUGGAUUUUAAAUACAAUUUAGAUAUUGACAUUGUUAAAUAUGCACAAGGCUUGCAAAUAAUGUAAAUCAACAGGUGAAGAUACUGUAGUACUACCAAUGAACUGUUAACAAAUGAUGGUUCUACUAUGCUACGUUCUAUUUUAAAUUUGUUUAAAAGAAUGAUUUAAUUUGAAAAACCACCUAAGAGUUGGAACCUAAGUAUUAUCCCUAUCUUUCAGACAAGUGAUAAUUUCCUUUCUGUUAUUUCACUCUGUAUUUUUAAAUGACAUAACACUGAUGGAAAGUUGAGUGCCACCGAUGUAAAUGGCGAAAGUUAAAGUAAAGUAUUAAAGUGUUAUUACCUAAUAUAUUGCUUUUGUUUCUCCUAAAUUCAUAAACAGUGCAUCUACUUUACUACUAUCUCGAAAAGAAACCCAUACUAUCUUACAAAGAAACCCCAUGGGCUUCCUUUCAAGAUGGGCUUCUUUUUGAGAAUACUUUUUUUUACUAAAGAGGGGGGUUUCAUUUCGAAAUGGACUUCUUCUCAAGAUCAAGCCCACAGGGCUUCUAUUCGAGGUUCAAGUGUAUGAUCUGCUUUUGCACUCUAACUAGAAUAUUGUAGUAAGGUCUGGGAAAUACAAAUUAUCCAAUAAAUAAAUCAUGGAAUAUUGUGAACCUAAAAUAUCAGGUAAGUUUAAAAAAAAUGUAUAUUGGUCAGUAUGUAUAACGUUUUUAAUAUAUUUGUAUGGUUGUAUUUAAUUUUCUAAAUCUGUUAUAACUAUUAGAUAAAUGUUAUUGCUUCUGUUUUAAUCUCUGUGUAUCUCUUUUACACUAAGGCCAAGUAAAACUAAAUGAGGGUGGCAACAUGAAACUAGAGAUUAAUUUCAUAAGUUUUAAAAAAGUAUAAUAAUAAUUAUAAUAGUGUAAUAACAUUAUUGAUGAAUAAAGUUACCAAUACUUUUGUGCAUUAGACCAUUUUAUCUAGUUCAUUUUGAAACAGCACCGCCAACGUCUCUUAACUUACUGGGGGACUUCCAGCGGCCUAGCUUGGGCAGCUGGCUAACGUAGAUCACCACACAGCGGAUAGUGCCGCUAGUCCUUCGCCAUAGAAGCAGUAGACAACAGAUACGAUCUUACUCUUAAUUACUGUAAUUACUGUACAUGUUAAACAUUGAAAUAGCUUUUUAAGACUUUGACUUGUUUUUAAUAUAAACAUUUCAUGUUUUUUCCAUUUUAAAUUAUUUGUGCUCAUUAGUAAUUUAGUUUUAUCGUUGAUUUAAUCCAUGAUGGUAGGUACGUAGAGCGAAAUGCUAGGCCUCUGAAAGACCCCCAGUGGUAAUUGCCAGGUUAUCGGAAAUUUUCAUUUAUAAUUUUGCGAAAAUGGUCUAUAUCAAAAUAAUGCUCAUUAUUUAGUCCUAUUGUUUUGUUUGCUAAAGUGUCAACGUAACCAAGUUAUGUCAAUGACUAUCAAAUAUUCUAUUAGCAGAAUGGUUAAAAUUGAUAACUAUUCUGACCAAGAAUAUUGGUUAAAGCCAAUAUGAAAUUCUAAGCAUAUAAAAUGAUAGAAAUGUUUGCAAUAACUAAUAAUUUAUAUUAUUUUUUCAUACUAUAGACAAUGUUUUCAUGUGAGGACAGAAAUGUUUCAACCAUGAAUCCAGCUAGUGUUGGUUAUAAUGCUUCAACUUACCUUCUGACGGUUAUUGGAAUUUUUGCAAAUUUGACGGUGGUCAUUGUGUCUAUAAACUGCAAGAUUUAUCGCAGGUCAUUUACGUAUCUCCUAGUUUUCCUACAAUCUAUUUUCGACAUGAUAGCAUGUUUCCUCUAUCUAUUUUUUAACUAUAUUUUUUCCCCUAAUGGGGAAAUUACUGUGGCUCUUUUUCACAUACAAGAAAGUCGAUGAAACAAUACAGUAAGCAACAGGCGAAGUAGCACUUACGUGAGAAAUAUCAGAGUAACAGAAACAAAAAAAGUGCUAUUGAAUUGUAAUGAGGGUCGGAUGGCUGAUGGAAAAAAACUAUUUUGGUACCUGCUUGUAUGAGCAUAAAUCGAACGAUAUCUUCUACCACUGGGAAGUAAUUCAAAGAGAGAGUUACCAGGGUGUGAUCCAAAUCAUAGCAUUAAAUAUGUCCUCACUAUCAUCCUCGUUGUGACAGAUAAUAUGAGAGGCAUAUUUAAUGAUACGUCUGAGGUCAUUUCGGUCAGCCUUGGAGGAACCACAAUACCAAACAACAAUAGAAUAUAAAAGAACGCUUUCAAUAACGGACUUGUAAAAAACUGACAUAAUAUUUCUACUAACCCAAAAAGAUUUAAGUCUCCUCAGGAAGUAGAGUCACUGUUGAGCUUUUUUAAUGCACUUAGGUCGUAUUUUCUCACCAUUUCAGGUCAUUAGUUAAAUAAAUUCCCAAAAACUUCUUCAAUUUCCACAGAAGUACCAUUGAUGGUAAAUGGAGUUAUUUAGCUAAUUUACGCAUUCUAAAAUCAAUGACUUUGGCCUUAUAGACGUUUAGCACUAGACCAUUUUGGUCGCACAACU